AAACGUCACCCGUCAUUUUGUCAAAGGAAGCACUGAUACAACAUGUUUGGUUUGUUUAAUUUGUUUGUAGUUAAUGAUUUAUUGAAAGAAAUGCGAUUUAAUCUGAAGCUAGAAAGACAACAUUGACAGAAACAUAUAGAUGCAUCACUAGUCAAAUAUACCAAGCUCGAGCAAGCAUUUCAACGCGACAACAAAUUAUUGUUCCGGUCACUAACAAAGAUCGAUAACUGAAUCUCGGUGCUACGAAACGCCGACACGAUGUAUCUCUUGAUUGUUUUUACGCUUUUAGUUUUAUCACCAAAGACUAUGCAUGCUAAAGUAGCUGAUUCAGAUUUAAACGAAAUAUCCGAACGACAAUACGCUGUUAGAAUAAACAAAUGCUGUGAGCACAACGAGAUCAUGGUCGACUUCGUCUGUAGAUUGGCCGUAAACUAUAAUCAAAGUGUAUGGGAGCCACAUUUUAAAACCGAAGAUGGACAAGAUGGAAAGGUGAAAUAUUACAAUUACACAUAUGGAUUACCAGACUGUGAGGCUACACAGUGGAGGCCAAUUUUAGAUUUUGGAGAUUCCGAGGAUAAAUUGAACUUAUUAACUGAUGGUCGAUUACGUCAUCUGAUAUAUCAUAAGCAUAUCGCUGAUAGCAUGAAAGAGGACAUUCAAUAUAGUGGAACAUUCAGUUUGCAUGGUAAUAUACCUAUUCCUGUGGAAAAUGAACCAUCUUCAUACAUUCAUAUGCAAAACAAAUACUGCAUGGACAAGAUAUUAAUGAACAAGGAAAACACUACCGUACUUGGGCUUUAUGCACAUGUAUGCAUACCUGAUGUAAAAGCAAAUUGGAAAUAUUUCAGUUUUCUUAUGAAAAGAGUUAUGAAUCCAGCAUUUCAUGCCAUUGCUAUUAUCAUAUAUCUUAUUGUGGCGAUCAUAUACUUUGUUUUGCCGACUCUGAGAGACCUGUCUGGGAAUAUGAUAACAACUAUAAAUCUGUGUCUGAUUAUCAGCCAAGCUGCUGGUUUGGUUAGGAUAUUUACAGAAUUUAGUAACCACAUCAGUUUCAUGAUCACAGAUAUUGUUUUAUACAUAAGCCUACUUGCUGCAUUCUUCUGGUUGAAUAGCUUCGGUUUCUACAUAUGGAAAACAUUCAAAUCAAGAAAUGUAUUUCUACGCGUAACCGACGUGCGCAAAUAUUGCUACUAUUCAAGUGUUGUCUGGUUGUGUGUGGCAGUAAUGACCGCAAUGGCAAUGUGCGCACAUUUCCUCCUUGAUAUAGGAACGAACACUGAUCGAAAAACUAUGCAGUCCUCAUCAUCAAUAUAUGUUGAUGAUGCGGAACAGGAAACCAUAGGAUUACUCGGGAUUGCUAUAUUUUUUACACCGGUGGCAUUCACAAUACUGUUUAAUAUGUUCUUCUAUAUUACAACAUUGAAAAUAAUUAAAAGAAUCAACAUUUAUGGAAGAAUCCACUACAAACUCAAGGGAUGCUUCACCCUGUUCUUGCAGUUAUUCGUUAUUAUGACAACGGCUUGGCUAUUCCUCCUGUUGUCUUGGCUCAACUUCGACGAACUACUGUACGCGCACAUUUUCGUGAAUCUCCUUCAAGCUAUAUUAAUAUUUUACGUUUGCAUAUUACGACAACCGCACGUGACGUUCUUGUUGCGCAAGAGCUGCUGUUACGCGGAACCCGUACCGACGGGAGAAUGGGGCGACGAGAUGACUCAUAUGAACGGCGGAAAUUACGAUAACUACUAACCCUGACGUGUUCUCGAAUAAUUAUCGAACGAUAUUAAUGACGAAACACAAACGUGAUACGAGUGUAUGUUGAAUUAUAGGAUUUCUGUGAUUUACUAGACAACACACAUAGUGGAGCACGUUUAUAGAAUAGAUAAGAAUAAUUUUAAAUAUUAUAUUGUAGUGAUAAUGAGAAGUGCCUUUCGUGUAACUGAAAUCAGAUUUAUAACUAUUUUAUGUUACAUUCAAUUUGAAACUCGAAAUUUUGAUCUCUUACAAGUUUAAUGCUCACAAAAGAUACUUAAUUUUUCUCUUUUAAUAAAAAAAUCCUAUUAUAUUUCAUUAAGCUUCCUCGUUCGUGUAAUCAAUAUUAUAUAAUUCUACUUAUUUGUAGCAUAAUUAGAAGAAACCGCACAAAAUAUUCCACUUUUUAACGGUAUGUAAUUUCGUUAAUAUUGAAUUUAAAUAUUGCGCUAGCCACAGUUUAAUAAUAGUAUAAACAAAAAAAAAUAUCUAUCUAUCUCACGCCGUGCAUCCAGUGGUUUCUAUUUAUAUUCAUAAUAAGUAAAAAUUUAUAGUAUGUCUAUUCAGAAUAUUUUCAUUUUUGGAAAAACGAUGGCUGAGUUUAAAAGUAUUCAUCACUGAAAUAAGGCUAACAUUCCAAAAAUUAAUAGAACUUAGGAGCCGAGACUUUAUAAUAGUAUUAAAUAUAAGACUGUAAUCAUAUUAUAUAAGACACUAUUAUUAAAAACCAGUGCCUUUAUAUCCGUCCUCUCGAUAAUCGGCAGCUAGACCGGGGGUUCGUGAAUUUACAAAUAAAUGCUCUCUUCAUUAACGUUUUAUUUUUGAGACUUUCUUUUUAUUAUUCUGACAUGUUUAUAUCAGUCAUUUAAUUAUAUUACUUUUUUUUUAACUCUAUCGAUAAAUAUAUCGAAUAAAGAUUAUAAUUACACA